AUCAGGUGCUCGCUGUGACAGUACUACACGGAGCUUACAGUCUGCUCAUAAUUCCAGACCGGUAUUAGGUCGGUCCUGUGUCACGCAAAAUCGUUAGAAUCAUAGCUUAAUUCCCUUAAAGAAUGCGAUCCACGAGCGACUGCCUCGAUCUAGACAUGCACAAUUGACAUGCAGAUCAACAGUAACUGGUAGUUUUUGAUCGAUUACGUAUGAAAACCUUACCAUAGUACAGGCGGGGGCUAUCAGUCUUUUAACAUCUGAAUAGCGAAGAGGAGUUGGAGGGGAUUUUGUUUGCACUUUAGAGCAUUGAUAAGAGUUGUGCUGAACAUUGAGGAUGAUCGGGGAGUUCUGAGUUCUCUACUCACUUUUGAAAUUGAGAAGUGGACGGUGGCGAUGGGGACGAUGCACGCGCUAACCAGUCUGCUAAACGCAUUACUGAGGAUAAUGGAGGCGGAUCACAACCGUGCCAGCGACUCCUUACUAAUUCUUUGCGUUGUCACCUUUCUUUCGAUGACACUCCUUCUGGGCUACCUCGGCAACGUGCUGGGCAAAGAAAUCAAACCAAAGCUACCUCCAAGUCCUCCCCAGUGGCCUGUCCUCGGAAACUUGCCUCAUAUCAUGAGAAAGAGUGCUGCACUACACACGACGCUGCGGCUUCUGGGGAAGAAGCUGGGGCCAAUCUACACACUAUGGCUGGGAAGGUCCUUCCCCCUGGUGAUUGUGACUGGCGAAGAAACUGCUCGGGAAGCGUUUGUCGACCAAGGUCACAUCUUCUCGGCACGCCCGACGUUGAUCUCGUGGCAGUAUAUUAGCUCGGGCUACAGGACUACGAUGACGACGCCCGCAGGAGCACACUGGCAGAAGCUUCGAAAAAUCAUUAGCCACCACUUGAUCAGCCCUACCAAUUUGGCCCGCUACAUACCGGUUCGCGACAGCGAGAUCCAAAAACUCCUGGAAAGAUUCCGCGAUCAAUCCAGGGAAAAUGAAGGUGUCGUGCAUCCUCUACAACAGUUACGCAUAAGCGCGGUGGACAUCAUCAUGCGAAUUGCUUUUGGAGACGAAUUCGCAACUUUAGAUAAUGAAGGCCGAAAAGGCAAUGCCGUAGUGUUGGACAGGCUCUUCCAGGAGAUCAUGGACGCGGGAUCCAUCUUCCAAAUCGCAUUAGACUCGUCGCCUUUAACAAGAACCUUGCUGUUUUCUGCUUCUCGGAAAUGUUACAGUAAUAUAAGAACAAUCGCUGGUCAGAUCACGGACCUUGUCAUGCCUAUCGUCAUGGAAAGAAAGAGACUUCUCAAGGAGAGGCCGCUGACGGAGGUCAAAACAUUUGUGGAUAGCUUGAUAAUGCUGAAAGGUGAUGACGCGCUGACGGACAUGGAGAUUGUGUGGAAUGUGGUGGAGCUCAUGGUCGGUGCGACGGACAACACAUCGCAUAUCCUAGAGUGGAUUUUUGCAAACAUGAUCACAUAUCCGCACGUCCAGCAGAAAGCUUACGAGGAGGUGAAGCGAGCCAUGGGCCCAAAUCUCGACAGAGGUCUCGUUCAAGAGAACCACAUUCCAAAUCUGCCCUACAUUCAAGCGAUCGUGAAAGAGUCCAUGCGCAGACACAUGAUGGCGGUACUAGCGAUUCCGAGAAUAGCCUCCCGCGACUGCAAGCUCCGCGGAUACGACAUCCCGAAGGGAACCAUGGUGGUACUACACGCCGGAGCUUUAGCACUGAAUGAAGAGAUCUGGUCCGAUCCACUAGAAUUCAGACCAGAGAGGUUUCUGAACUUGGAUAAUGAGGCUACCCACAUGCACAAAAUGGCGUUUCUUCCGUUCGGCGUCGGGCGGAGAUCAUGCCCCGGAGCUAGCAUGGGCCUCCUGCACUUGCACAUGCUGCUUGCCAAUCUGAUCUACAGAUUCGAAUGGGGUCCAGAGUCUCCAGGCCAGCCUGUGGAUUUCUCCGAAAAGUUUCGGAUGGUGGUCACCAUGAAAUCACGUCUGCGUGCAACCAUCACGGAGAGAUCUCCUGUCUAGAAUUGUGCUUCUACUGCUUUCUGGCUAUCAACUUCCAGCCCGGAAGCCUUAAAGCUUCACUUGGGGUCUUCGACUUCGAUGCCAUGCUCUUUUUUAUAUUCAUUUGGGAAAGGCUCAGGAAAAAUUAAUUAGAACAUGCGGAUCUUCCUUUAGCUACAUUCUGUGGAGCCGGGCUUAGAAAAAGCCCGUGAAAAACAAGACUGAUCAGGAGUGAUCAGUUGUUGGUGCACCUGGCCAAGUGAGGCGACUAGUACGCAAAAAAUAUCUCUCGCAUUUAAGAUGGCUCU